GAGGCAGAAUUUCAUUGAGACACGGGUCCACUGCUUUAGUUCGCACUAGCAGGAGGAGAUUUGUUUGAAGAUAUCCUGAAACCUGAACCCGUGCUGGUUUAUUGCUGGCUGGCACUUCACAGCUUUCAUCCUGAGUCGCAAGUAGCAGCUACUGGGAGUAGCUUCUGUGCACUAUGAAGAAUUUUUCAUUUCCUAUGCAGGAUAGCACACAUCAGACUGAAAGUCCUCCUCACAGACUCCUGAGUUUGACAAAUAAGUCAGAUCCUGUUGGAAGACCGGAAAGAGAUGAGCAAUUAGCUCAAGUAGAGAUUGCUGUACUGGGGGUGAUAUUUCUGACAGCAUCUGUGGGCAAUUUUAUUCUCAUUCUGGUGCUCUGGAGAAGAAGAAAGAAGCUCUCUAGGAUGUAUGUAUUCAUGCUGCACCUCAGCAUAGCUGACUUAGUGGUAGCUUUUUUUCAAGUGCUGCCUCAACUCAUAUGGGAUAUUACAGAUGUUUUCAUAGGGCCAGAUUUCUUGUGCAGAAUUAUCAAGUAUCUGCAAUUGUUAGGCAUGUUUGCCUCUACUUAUAUGAUAGUGGUCAUGACAGUGGACAGAUAUCAAGCAGUUUGCUACCCUAUGGUCACUUUCCAAAAGAAGAGAGCUCUGUGGAACAUUCCCAUUUGCACCAGCUGGUCUGUAUCCUUGAUUCUUAGCCUACCGCAGGUAUUUAUCUUUUCUAAGAUUGAAAUAUCUCCAGGUAUCUUUGAAUGUUGGGCUGAAUUUAUUCAGCCGUGGGGCCCAAGGGCAUAUGUGACUUGGAUUUUUGUAGUCAUAUUCUUCAUUCCCUCAACCAUCCUUAUCACGUGCCAAGUUAAGAUUUGCAAAAUAAUCAAAAGAAAUAUAUACGUGAAAAAACAGAAUGAAUAUCAAGUAACGAAUCAGAAGCAAGUCCUGCCAUCCCGAGCCAGCAGUGUGAACUGUAUUUCAAAGGCUAUGAUCAAGACUGUAAAAAUGACAAUAGUGACAGUUGUUGCAUAUGUUCUCUGUUGGUCACCAUUCUUCAUCGCACAGCUGUGGUCCGUGUGGUUCCCCAGUGGCAUUACUGAAGGAUCAGCAUUCACCAUUAUCAUGCUUCUCGGCAAUUUAAAUAGUUGCACCAACCCGUGGAUUUACAUGUAUUUUUGUGGCCACAUUCCAUAUUGCACAAAUAAGCAGCUGGAGAACACAUCAGCUCAAGAGGAUUCGGUGGUCACAGGAAGUAUUCAUCUUGUAGACAGAGACCCUGAGGAAAACAGUACUUGUGCAUAAAUGUUGAAUGUUAUUUGUUGUUCUGUUACAUUUGCUAUGUUCAUGAGACAUAUCAAUAUUUUGUAUUGAAGCUGGAAAAUUGUCUUUUGUUGUUAUAUUUUUCUGUAGUUCUGUAGCAUAUGCAGAAGUUUCUGUGUUGUACAAGCUUGACUCAAUACUUCUAUCAUGACUGUGUUAUCAAAAUGAAUUCCUGUAUAGAUUGACAAAGGUACAGAAAGACAACCUGGAUGUUUUGUGUCUUACUCUACUACUGUGAUUCUGGAUUUCUAAGCACUAAGUUUUACAACCUGCCCAACAAACUGAGAGAAAGUUACAAAAGAAUCUAACAUAAUUGGAUUUAAAUAUGUGCUUAAACUGAACUUAGAAUUGAUUGUGACUGUAACGCGAUCAGGGGAUGGUUUGGCAAAUCUUGAGAAGGCAGCAGAAAGUCAGAAAAAUCAAUUGCCAGCUGUAAGUAGUACCUGUUUUAUAUUCACUCCUUAUAUACAUUUAUAGAACGCUGAGCAGCUUUAUGUCCUCUUAUGGAAAAUAACUCAGUGUCCUUGUGACUGUGAACAGCUAUUUCGGUUUCAAAUGCAGUACAGUGACAUUCCAGGUUUGUGGCUUCUUAUAACACAGCCAUCAAUACAGGACGUGAUCUUCCCUGCCUUCCCUGUUGACUGAAACUCUCCACACUUACACACACAUAUACUUGCCUUAAAUAGAAAUGACUGCCAUGGGUGUACACUUCUAUUUGGUAUUCUGCAUAUUUCUGUGCAGGUUGUAUUCAGACACAUUUGUUCUGGUAUGUGAUUUACUGAUGGUGGGCUAGAACCUACUCAGGUUCAAAUUCAAUCAUUUCACCUUUAUGAUAAAAAUAAAUCUGCAUGUCUUUCUUUCAUGUCUUUCUCUCUUUUCUCUGUUUGCUUUGUAGCGUGUUGAUUUUUUAUUCAGGAAGCUAUUUCCCUUUCAGUGUCUAAAUUCUAAUUAGAGCAGUAUGGAAGGAAUGUUAGCAAAGCUCUUUCAGGUGAGAACAGAGCUGCAUUUGCGGAGAUUCUUGGCAAUGCUUGCAUAUCAUUUGCCUACAUUAUAUCAAUAUUUUGUCAUUGCUAUUCAUACUUCAAUUUAUAAGUGUUAGCCACCUCAAGUUUCAAUGGAAAAGAUAUGAAUCCUUUUCAAAUAGCCUUUAAGUUGAACCGAAAGUAAUUCUGAGUAAAUGCCGAUUGAAUUGUUAUACUUCAGGUUUGUGUGUGCUGAUACUGAAUAUUCUUUCAUUUCCAUUCCCCAUGUAGUUGGAGCAGAUAGGCGUACUAACCAAAUACUGCUGUUCCUUUUGGUGGGAGAAGCCAGUUCUCCAGUCCAACUAGCCAGGGUAAGGCUGCAGCAAGAAGGAAGAGAAAGAAGUUGGGUGAAGAUAGUGUCACAGCUAGACAGGAAUGGGAUGACUCUGUAAAAAGGCUCUUCCAACUGCAAUUGCUUUGUUUUGCCUUGUUUUGUUUUUUACAUUUUUCCCCCAUCCCUCUCUUUGAUUAAUGGUUACUAAUUCUACCCAAAAACAUAUUCCAAGUUAGAGCAAUUAUUAACUUAAAUGACAGUGUCCUCAUUUGGAGUAUGAAGAUCCAAGAUGUAAUCUGUACUGCCAAUAGGAUAUUUGUUGUAUUAAACCGCUCACGUUCCAGAACUUUCUUUCAUACAAGCUCUCAGUUUCUCACUUUUGACUUAAUCCAGGGAUUAAAGUUUUUUUCUUUUGUCCUUCUGAUCCCUUUGAUUACAGUGAAUUAAAUAGUAAAAUAUGCAGUGUUAAAGGGAAGUGUAAGUAGAAAAGCUUCAGGGAAUUACCUAUGAGCUGGUACUACUGGAUUUGCAGAAAAACACAUUGAAAGACUCAGAAAGUAUACAUAUUCAAGAAAAAGAGAUAUUAAGAUUAUUACAAAUAGACAUCUAGAUCUAUAGCUGACAUAAGUCACAGCACUGUCCAGAGAAUGAAGUGGAGACAUUUGGUGUUACAUCAGCUGUUCUGACCUCUGAUUAUUAAAAAAUAUAACUUCUACUGCUUACAUUUAUGCAUUGUUCAGAUUUGUUACUUCAUAAAUAAUUUGUCAGAGCUUGAUUUCUCAAAUAACAGUAGCUCAAUGCAUUCUACAAUAGUCUUAGAACAAUAUUAAGUGUCAGUAUUUCCGAUAUUUUGAUCAUGUACUGUAGGAAAUGCCACACCCACUUAAAAAAAAAAGUGUUCACUGUCUGUAAUGUUAUAAAACAAUGAUAUUUUACAUUCUCAAGUACUUUCUUUCUCAUUUUUUCCCCUGAGGGUAAGUCUUGCUGCUAAGAAGAAAAAUAAAAGCCUGUACUACCGUGUCAAACUACAGGCUAUGAACACCUCUACUUUUGUUCCACCAGGAGUUAUUUGAGCAGCAGAUGUCCCUGCUAUUUUUUUUUCUAGCAAAUGAAUUGGAUUGCAUAUUGCAGAUCCAAGUCAUCAUCCCCUCAGCCUGUCCAUCAAUACUUCGGGGAAAAUGAGCCGAGAUGAACUCUGCAAGGAAAAGGCCCUCAGGGGACUCAGGCUGCCUCCAUGGCUUGUCCUGUGCACCCCAUUGGUAUCACCCAACCCUGACAGACACUCUCAGUGAGGAGUUUGAUUUUGGCUGACAAUUUGCUGUCAAAAAAUUUUAAAUGAUGUAAAAAAGAUACUAAUAACAUUUAUUUUCUUGUGCAGUGUUUUUAACAGGACUUUUCUUAUUUUUUAAAGAAAAAGACAUUUAAAAAUGUAACAGAUUUUUUCCUUCUGCAGAUUUGGACUUCAGUUUUCUUGAUUAUUAUAGUCUGAAUAUCUUGUGACCUCAUUAUCCCCUGCCUUUUGAUUCUUUAGUUGGACUGUAUCUUUCCUAAUUCACUGUCCCUUUGAUUUCCAAUAGGCAUGACAGUGUCUCAUUAAGAGUGAUGAUUCUGAGACAUCCCUGUUGUCUGACCAGGGUGUUUAAUCCAUACAGGAGAAUCAGCAACUUGAACCUACAAGUCCCUGGAGGUACUGUGGAAGUACAUACCAAUGAAAAAAUCCAGUGAUCAGAUGAAAGCCUUCCUCGUCAAUGCUUAGAUUCUGAUUUCUCACAGCAAUUAAUUUCUGAGACGGAAAAUGCAGUUUGCAAGUUCAUGCAUAAAGUGAAUAGCUAUGUUGUUGAUAUUGCCAGUGCAGCCUAAUUUCUGGGUAUGUGGCUUUGCUUGUUUCUUGUUUUUUUGUUUUUUUGUUUUUUUUGUUGUUGUUGUUUUUUGUCAUAUUUCAAUAAUUUUUUUUCUGGGUUUUGUUACCACUUAGGAAAGGCAGAGCUUGGUAAAAAGCAUUAUGUUCUUUCCUAAAAAUUACUGUUUGUUUUUGUUUUUGUUUUUUUUGUGAUACAGGUAAUAAGAACAUAAGAUAAUGUGAUCUGUCAAUUCUGCGUGUAUUUAUUACAGGAAAAAAAAACACACAAACAACAAACUAGGAGAAUGAAAGGAAAAUACAACUUAUUUUGCAGUCUUCUCAGUAAGUUUUGAAAAUUCUGUUAUUCAGUAGAACCAUCAUUGCUAUUUUUUCAUAGCUAGUUUCAGCUCAGAUGUUUGUAAUGGUAAAUGGUGAAGUCAGAGGUUUGGGAUGUUAAUAUUUACCUCUAAUCUUUCAGUGAAAAGAUACUGACAAAUUUUAAAGAUGGUGCCUUACCAAUGUCCUGCCAGUUUCACUUUGAUCACCUACAAUUUCUGAUUAUCAGGUCAAAUAAAGUGCUUCUCUCUCUGUAUUAAUGGAGGAAGACUGGCAGCAUGAAGUACAGAUCCAAGCUGACACUCUGAAAGUUCUUCAGAAUUAGGGAAUUAUUUUUCUUGCUCUCCUAUAUACUCUAUAUAUUUACUAUACUCACCAAAACUUAAGAUUAAUUUUUAAAGUUGUAUAUUACUCCUGUUCCAGCAGCAAAUCUGAAUUCUGAUGCAUCAACACAGGGAUCAGUAAAACCUUGUGGAGGAAGCACUUCAACACAGUUUGGGAAAUAAAUUUUGGAAAAAUCAUUUGAUCCCAAAGAUCUAUGGAAAUUAUGUCUGUGUAAUUGGAUGCAACUAGUGAGAAGUUAUAUCACUUUACAUCCCAGUAACAACUUGUUAAGAGUUGUUAAGGUAACAGAAUAAAGAGUUGUUGUGGUAACACAAAUAAAAAAGUUAUGAGAAAG